AUGACGCUGACCUGCAGAGCAGAUGUGAGCUCGAGAGGGGUUCCUAAGCCGUCUGGCCCUGAUCAGUACGAGGUCACUGCCCAUGCCUUCCAUGACCAGAGUGUCCUAAACGAGACUCUUGAUUCUUGGCAAGGUCUCUCCCACGCCUUUGUCCGGGCCUCCCCAUAUGACGGCAGCGGGCCUCAGAAGCUGUUUUCAGGUGACUUGUUCGAGAUUGCAGCUUUCCAUCAGAUCCACUGUUUGGCAUCAAUCCUGGAGGACUUUGGUCUCUUGGCUGCCGGCGUUCCUAAGGAGGAGCUGCCUGGUUAUCAUAGCGGAGUCACACUAACGUGGGAGGAGCACAAGGCGCACUGCUUCAACUACGUCCGACAGGCUCUAAUGUGCUUUGCUGACUCCACUGCCGAAGGCCAUAUUGAGGGUGACACGCACCGGGUAGCUGAUCAUGGGGUAAUGCAUGUUUGCAAUGAUUUUGAUGCCCUACUGGCGUGGUCAAAGGAACCCGAGCGAGCAUUGCCCAAGAGUUGGCGAGUGACAGAUUAA